AUGCGGUCUACAAGAGAGAGUGCUAUCGUGGUUUCACCGGAGGGAAAAUUUAUUGCUACAUGUUAUUAUAACAAAGUAAAAGUAUGGAAGUUAUCCGAGAAGGAAGAACUGGUAAAGAUAAAAGAAACAUUCGGUAGCGUGAAUUACGGACUUGCUAUUUCUGAUCAUGAAUAUCUGGCGGUUGGUCAUGUUGUAAUUUCUUUUGGAGAAGAAGAAGACCCGUCACUCGAACCAGAACUAAAAAGUCGGAGUUUAGAAUCAAACGUACGUGGCCUCAAUCAAGACACAAAUACAAAUGAUUUUAACAACGUUCAUUAUACGUUUCUUCGAUCUCGUGAAUUUGUUGUUGUGAAUGAUGUCGGCGUUCAUCGAUAUGAUUCUUGUGAAAACCGCCGGAAAGGCGAAACUACUGCUACUCCAACAAAAGAAGAUGAAGAGGUGAUAGUACCCACCGGCGAACCAGAUGAACAAAACUGCCGGAAAGGCGAAACUACUGCUACUCCAACAAAAGUAGAUGAAGAAGUGAUAAUAUCCAUCGACGAACCAGAUGAAAAAAACCGCCGGAAAGGCAAAAUUACUACUCCAACAAAAGAAGAAGAGGUGAUGGUAUUCACCGGCGAACCAGAUGAAAAAACCCGCUGGAAAGGCAAAACUACUGCUACUCGUAAAAAAAACCGCUGGAAGGGCGAAACUACUGAAUUUGACUGGCCUUUUACAACAGAGGAAGCUUUCGAUAGACCAAUCCAACAUGUUCAAUACUCUAUCAUCAACGGGAAAUUAAUAUGCAAGUGUGGUAACACCCUGACACAAUGGGAUCUUGCUACUAAAGAAAAGGAAAUGGAAUACUACGCCGGACAACCGGACGAAGUUUGCGUUAUUACAAUAGACUCUGGAAGUACUCUAUCUGCAUUUGUAACUGGGAAUGAUGAUGACGAUGCUCAGACAUUGACAGUGUACUGGAUACAAACAAGACUUCCGAUGUCGACGAUACGAGUAAAGAAUGAUGCCGAUGAUUGGAUCGUUGCUAUGGAGUUUAUAGAGACAUGGGAUUAUCUAUUGUUGCUAACAGUGACGAAAAGAGGAAAGGCUAUGAUAUGGUAUCCGUACAAUCUCUCCCUAGAACCUGACAAAGACUUCAGAACUCCGCACCAUCUGUACCGAGAACCUCCUAACGAAGGCUUCGGAACUCCACUGGAUACAAUUAAUCUUCAAGAGCACGUCGGCCUGGCUGAAUGGACGCCUAAGCGGACAUUUGUCAUAUGUGCGGUAGAAGACCGCAUCAAGGACCUCCCCAAGCAUCUAUUCAAUCGCUCACCAAGCGCUACGCCUAUUCGGCAUCUUUCAUUAAAGGAAGACAAUUCAUGUUCGGGUGGUUCUGAAACAAAUUCAUCACUGAUUAAUACUCAAGAAUUUGAAUAUUUCGGAAAGGUGACACAUUCAAAAAUUUGGGAUAACGGUGAUCUGGUUAUAUUAACCGUUAGAUGUUUAUGCAUAUUUUAUCUCAGCGAUGAUGAUACUAUCGAACUUAGUUAUUACUGGGAUAAUGGAAUGAGGCCUAGUAGCAUAGUCAAUUAUCUGUUAGAUCUGACAGAAAUUUCUCUCGACGAACUAAUGGAUGACGUCUGGUCAAAGUUGCUUUAUGCGGUGCUUAACGAUGCUGAUAAACCCUUGCCUCCACCCAGUUUCAAAAGUAUCUGGUGGCAUAAGCGAAAGGCAGUAGAAAGUAAUGAUGGGCCAAGAAUUCAAUUAUUUGAAAAUCUCAUUAAUUUAUUGAUAACUAGAGAUAAUCUGGCCAAGUAUGGAAAUAUAAUGUUCGCCGAAGCAAUUAAGCAUCGAGAGAAAGCUGUAGUCGAGUCUAUAAUGGAGACUUGUAUUGAUCUCUUCCGCAAUGACCCGUUUGGGUGUUUUGGCUUCUUGCAAAUUGUAGCCGAUUCACUAUCAGAACUACGUGCACACUAUCCCGAUAGAGCCGCAAAUUAUAUUUCGACUAUAAGUUUUGUGGUGGCUCCACACUGUGACUCUGUAAACGCUUUGACACUAUCUUUUGAUCGUAUUUGUACUUUUGCAAACAAGCCAGGAAAUCCGAGCAGAUUCAUCAAGCGGAGCCAAUUCCAUAAUAUAAUGAAAGUAUAUAUUAAUGCACGGCAAAGAUUUUUUAAGUCUUUAUGGCGACUUGUACGGUCAUCUAUACUGACAUCAGCAGGACACAAAACUAUAUUGACAUCAGCAUGGCUACUGUUAAUGAAACACUCUGUCCUGACCACUAUCAUCAGUGUAGUCGACUUUAUGGAAAGUUUUGGGUAUAGUAGAAAAAGACUUUUCAAGAGACGGUCUACAUUAUCUUUCGUUGUUCGGCUGCCGAACUUUUGUUCAUACCCCCGGCAGUAUUCAGCGGCGAAAGACUUCUUGUUCCCAACACCGAGUCCAUUCAUUAAGACUGCCAUUAGCAGAGCACCAGAAUUGUUUAGAACGUGGGAUGGAGAAGCAUUGGUAAACUUUAAAUGGCAAAAAUUUGGGCUCCGUUAUUACAUAUUCAUUUGCAUAAAGUUUAUAGUAUUUUCCGUAUGCUUCAUAAUUGCAAUAUCACAAACAGAAGAUUCCUCAAACAGAAAUACGAGACAAAAUCUCUUCUUAGCAUCUGUUGUGCUCGCUGUAUGGCAUCUUCAUGUUGAGGUUAGGCAAUUUAUAUGGAACCCGAAAUAUUAUGUCUUCUCACCAUGGAAUUGGUUCGAUUGUGGUGCAUUUAGUUUUCCUCUUGCUACUGCUGUAAAUUAUCUGCAGGAGAAUGACUCACCAAGAUGGAUGACAUCAUUAUCCGUUUUCCUUCUUUGGAUUAAGUUUCUGUCCCUUCUUCGACCGUUUGAGUAUUUUGGAAUCUAUAUAACAAUAAUAUUUGGCGUUAUACAGCAAAUAUUCUCGUUUCUGGUGAUCCUUGGAAUUAUGGUCAUAGGAUUUGCGCAUGCGCUCUUUGUAUUGUUGAAACCAGAGCCUGACGCCUCAUGGGAAAGGCCGUCAAGUCCACAGAAUAGCGAUCCUAAUGAUCCAUGGAAGCUGACAGCAUCACUCACUACAACGCUAGACAAUGGAACAAUCGUAGAUGGCACAUCAUUAGUUGUGAAACCAGAUGAAAAUACUAAUGUAUAUAUGUGGUUCACUACUUCGCUCUUGGGAGCAUACAAGUUUCUUGUUGGUGACUGGUCGUCAGUUGCAAAUUGGGGCCCAAAUGAGAAUCCAUUACUAGUCAUGAUGACGGUCUUAUUCUCUUUCUUUGUUGUGAUUUAUUUGAUGAAUCUCUUUAUUGGAUUGUUAAAUAACGCAAUCAAUGCAUAUAAUGAAUAUGCGUCAUAUUUAGCACAGAAAGCAGAGGUAUUGGCAGAGAUCGAGUUGUUCUAUCUUACUCCAAAUCAACGAAGAUCAGAAUGGUUUCCCAGUACUAUAUAUUUCGAGGCUGAUACCGAAGAAAUACGGAAAGUUAUGAAAGAGAAUAUUCAGGCCGAUCCUGAUUAUCCAUCUAAACUCUCAAAACACAGCAAGAAAAUGUUGGAAAUUCUGAAUAUUAGAUAA